CCCGCGACGGAGCUUUCCUCGCCCCGCACACAACCGCGACGUUUCCCGAACCCUCACUCCACCACCAUCACCACCACCCUCCUCCUUCCUUGACCCCUGCCCUACCCUAACCGCCCCCCUAUAACUCCCUAGCCUGAGCUGACCGACGAGCAGUGCCACUUGGGGAACAAACGACGAAUCUAUUGAGCUCCCCCCUGUCUGUGCCGCAAGCACACGCGAUUCCACUCGGCUGAACCUGGUCGCCGAUCGAUCUCUUGUUCCGGUUGAGCGAGGCGUGCAAGCUACAACGUGCUGCUUCUUGCUCGCUCCCCGCCGGUUGGUUAACUAGCCUGCGACCCCGGCUGCCGAUCCUGCUUCAUAGGCUCCAUAGGCUUCCUUUCUUGGCCCCUGCUUCAGCUCCCACUUCUGUCUCUGCCUCCGAGGUGAAAGCAAGAGCGGAAGGCCCUCACUGGUACUAGUGGAGCUAGACUAGCAGACAUGGCCACCGCCUCCACCAUGUCCCUGCUCCCCAUCUCGCACCUCAAGCAGCUGCAGCAGCAGCGGCGCACGCGGCUCGCCGGCGCGGGCCCCGGGAAGGUGCUCGUGCUCGGCCGCCGGAGGCGACACGUCGUGCCGAGGGCGCGGCUGUUCGGCCCGGCCAUCUUCGAGGCGUCCAAGCUCAAGGUGAUGUUCGUGGGGAUGGACGAGGAGAAGCACCCGGGCAAGCUGCCCCGGACCUACACGCUCACCCACAGCGACGUGACGGCGCGGCUGACGCUGGCGGUGUCGCACACCAUCCACGCCGCGCAGCUGCAGGGCUGGUACAACCGCCUGCAGCGGGACGAGGUGGUGGCCGAAUGGAAGAAGGUGCAGGGCGCCAUGUCGCUGCACGUCCACUGCCACAUCUCCGGCGGCCACUUCCUGCUCGACCUCAUCGCGCCGCUUCGCUACUACAUCUUCCGCAAGGAGCUCCCCGUGGUUCUGAAGGCGUUCGUGCACGGCGACGGCAGCCUGUUCAGCCAGCACCCGGAGCUGCAGGAGGCCACGGUGUGGGUCUACUUCCACUCCAACAACCCAAACUUCAACCGCGUCGAGUGCUGGGGCCCGCUCCGCGACGCCGCCGCGCCCUACGACGACGAGAACGCCGACGCGGCCGUGCCGCCAACGGCGACGGCCGCGGACGAGAAGGCGAUGGGAUCGGGCCAGCGGCCGCGGCGGUGCCCCGGGCAGUGCGACUGCUGCUUCCCGCAUGAAUGCCUCAUCCCCUGGCCGCACGAGAUCGAAAUGGCCGCCGACGCCGGCCAGGCGCCGCCGCAGUGAAGCCGGGCGCAGAUUAGCCGAUCGAAUCGUUCAGCUCGCGAAGGUACAUACGUAGACGGAUGCAACGCAGCGCAUAUGCGGUGGCGGCAAGAGACCACCAUUGCAUGCAUGCGCUGCGCUAUUCUUUAAUUGAUAGUAGCUUGAUAAUUAAUUACUAGCUCAGCCGUAGUGCACUCUUAGGUUAGUCAGGUAAAUGUAACGCCAUGGAUGUGGCGAUCUAGGUUAAUCCUGGCUUGUAAAUAGAUUUGUUUAUUUUCAGGCGUCGUACGAUACGAGCAAAGAAAUCAUUUGGGUGUACAAUACAACUAAGAUCGAUGGAGAUCAUGUUUGGGUAGUAGGAGCAUUUCACUGGUUCACUUGUACGAUGUUCGCACUUGGAAGUUGAAAGAACUGGACCGGGUUUGUGUACGUA